AACUGGAGGUAUUGUGAGUUGAUACAUGUACGAGUAAGUGAGUGAAAGCGGCAUAAUUAGUUCAGCUUCAGUGUACUGCAUAUACAGUUUCAGAGAGAAACCAACACAACCAAUGAUUGGCUGACUUCAAAAACAUCCUGAAACAAUUCGAAGAAUUAGGGAUGUUAUAGAUAAAUUGAGGAAGCUUCAAAAUGUCACAUAAUGCUGAAGAUGUCUGUUCCCAUAAUGCAUCAGGGAAGAUGCUGAAAAGUGUACUAUCCUCAAUGGUUAUACUCUGGCUAGGAGGAUGCAUAGAGAGACAUGAAGCCACAGUCAGCAAUGAUUGCAUGAGGUGCAUAUGCAAGUUAGAGGGAUGUGACAAUAACCUUGGGUCCUGUAACCUAGAUGUGGGAACAUACUCCUGUGGUCCAUAUCAAAUCAAAGAACCUUACUACAUUGACUGCUAUUCACCUGGAGCAGGAUGGGAAGCAUGUGCACAGUUCAGGAACUGUUCAGAGCGUUGUGUACAAAGUUACAUGUCACGAUAUAGCUCAAGCUGUACAACAGCAACAACAGAUUGUGAACGUCAUGCAAGACAACAUAAUGGAGGCCCCAAUGGAUGCUCAAACCCAAAUACUCUGUGGUAUUGGAACUGGGUAAAAGAAUGCAUAGGUGACCUGACUUGUACUGAUCAGGCAGGAGAAUGUAAGGACGUGUCAGAAGGCUGCCUGGGUGGAGCAUUCCAAAGUAACCUAUGUAGCGGAGGUGUCAAUCGUAAAUGCUGCAUCUAUAAUGAUGGAGCAUGCACUAAUAGCAGUGGUACAUGCUUCUAUAGUACCAAGAAGGAUUGUGUUGGGGGAGAAUUUGAAAGUGGACUUUGUGGAGGUCCAGCGGAACGUAAGUGUUGCGUGAGAGACGACUCAAAGUGUGAAGCAUUGGGUGGUGUAUGUCGGGAUACGUCACUCGGGUGUGACUAUGGUGUUUUCACAACUGGCAAUUGUGAUGGACCAGCUUCAAGAAAAUGCUGUGGACCUCGACCAGAAAAUUAAAACUCACAACAGAAUUAA